GCCAACUCCGCCGACGUCUGAAUACCAACUAGAUCCCCACACCACGCCCGCAGGCAUGGCUUCCGCAAUAGCAGUGACGCCAUUCCGGCGAGCCAUCUGCACCCGCUCGAUCACGACUUCAACCUCAUCCCUCGCGUCAGUUUCCGACAUCACCGCCUCUAUCGACACUGCCAUCCCACGCUUCCCCAUCAACGACACCGCCCCCGUCCACGCAACAAUCCACCAUUUUCCAUCCCUCGAACCCCUCCGCUUCCAAGAAUACCCGGCAAACUACCUCAGACUGCCCACUCGACGCGACAUUCUUCACCGAGCUGUCAUCUUCGAAGGCGACAACCACCGCCGCGGGACAGCGUCGACAAAAUGGCGGUCCGAAGUCCAUGGUUCUGCGCGAAAAAUCCGGCCACAGAAGGGUUCCGGGCGGGCUCGUUUGGGCGAUAAAAAGAGCCCCAUGUUGCGCGGCGGGGGCGUCGCCUUCGGCCCUAAGCGUCGCGAUUUUUCGACCGAUCUGCCACGGCGGGUGUAUGAUCUGGCGUGGCGAACCGCGCUGUCGUACCGCUUCAAGAAGGGCGAGUUGGUGAUUGUGGACAAUGCUAUGCAUGUCCCUAAAGGCACGACUAUGGACUAUGUCCCCGAGAUGCUCCGUGCACAUGGAUGGGAUAAUGCGGCCGGCAGGAGUCUAUUAGUCACUUUGGGGCCACGGCCUAGGCUUGCUGGGUUGUUGAGUGGGAGGCAUGGGCGCACGCUAACGUGGGACGAGGUCGAUGUGAAAGACUUGCUGGAGUUAGGGAGAAUUGUGAUUGAGAGGGAUGCGCUGUCCAAUAUCUUCGCCAUGCACCGAUGGGAUUUGCACAAGAAUUGGAAUAGAUUCCAGGUGAAGCGGGAUCUUCCGAUCGCGGAAGAACUAGAGAAAGAGGACGAAGAUGAGCUGGUGUAUGAAAUGGAGGAGUUCGACGAGGACGUAGAGGCCACGGAGGAAAGAGGCGAAGACCAGCCUGCGCAAGGCGAGCAGAGCUACCAGGUCGUGGUUCAGGGAAAGUAUUAGUGACCACGUAUACUUGUGUAUUCUCGCGUGUGUAUAAU